GCUGCUGUGUAUAUGUUUGAAGGGAAUCCCCCACCGCACUUCCUCCCUUCCCCCAAAGCUUUCUUUCUACGCCCCCCCUCUCUCUCUCGGCUCUUCGCACGUUUCUCGCUCGUCCUCGGCAACCCACUUUUUCGUUGUUGCCGGAUCGAUUUCCCCGCGGAUUCCUAUCUCCUUUGAUUUCCCCGGCUCUGAGAUCUCAAUUUGAGUGGUGCGUGCUUUAGAUCCUUCCGAUGGAGGGGAAUAGUUGGAGGCCGGCUCAGGGGGAGAGCGCCGCCGCGUCGGAUGGGGGAUCCGGCGACUGGAGGACCCAACUCCACCCGGAGGCGCGGCAAAGGAUUGUAAAUAGCAUAAUGGAAACUUUGAAGAGGCAUCUGCCUAUCUCUGUGUCCGAGGGCUUAAUUGAACAUCAGAAAAUUGCUACUCGGUUUGAGGAGAAGAUAUAUACUGCAGCUUCUGAUCGGUUUGAUUAUUUGAGGAAAAUUUCUCUAAAAAUGCUUUCAAUGGAGAAUAAGUCUCAGCAUUCUGCUUCAAUUAACCCUUUAAUAUCCAACAGCGCAGUUCUCAACCAAAAUUCUGCAGACCCAGAUUGCUAAGACACUAGGAUUGCCACUGAAAAGUAGCUGCUACGAAGCUUUUAACUUGAGGUGGAGCCUUGGAUCAAGAAGCAACUGGCAACGGGAUAUAAGAGUAAUCGCUUCAUGUUUCUGGUGUAAACUCAAUAAAUGUUUGUAAAUCAAUUACUUAUUUACACACCUUUUUAAACUUGUUUGGAAAUUGCAAUUGAAUAUAAACGUAGUGAAGUACAGCAUUAGACUGAUAUGCUACAUUAUUGUGAUAACUAAAAGUGGACAGACUUGUCAAAUA